CUAUAUCUCUCACCGCUCAAUCUUCGCUCUUUCUCUCUCUAUUUCUCUCUGUUCAAAACCAUUGAACAGAAUCAAAUUCUGUCGAAUAAUCAGUGGUGAUAAGUUCCCUGAAGCCCAAAUAUCCAACAAAUUCACGGAUGCAAUUGCUUCAACUGCCUUAACUUGCAUUCCUGAAUUUUCUUCAAGAUCUGCAUUUCGCAUUCUAGAGUUUUAAGCACCAAUUCUGUGAUCCUGAUUCAUAAUUAGCAGCCGCCGCGAUGACCAUAGCCAAUGGUGAGGUUCACAUUGUAAGCACAAAAGGGGGCAUAACAAGUGACAAACCCUUCAAGAUCUUUGUGGGUUAUGAUCCUCGUGAAGCUAUUGCAUACGAGGUCUGUCGCCAUUCCAUCAUCAAGCGAUCUUCAAUCCCAGUUGAAAUCAAUCCCAUCAUUCAAUCAGAACUUAGGAACAAAAAUCUAUAUUGGCGUGAGAGAGGCCAAUUGGAAAGCACAGAAUUCUCAUUUAGCCGUUUCUUGACUCCAUACUUGGCCAACUAUGAGGGUUGGGCGAUGUUUAUUGAUUGUGAUUUUCUUUACUUGGCUGACAUUAGUGAAUUGAGUGAUUUGAUUGAUGACAAGUAUGCUAUUAUGUGUGUGCAACAUGACUACACCCCAAAAGAGACCACAAAAAUGGAUGGGGCUGUGCAAACUGUGUAUCCAAGGAAGAAUUGGUCUUCUAUGGUGUUGUACAAUUGUGGCCAUCCAAAGAACAAGGUGCUGACCCCUGAGGUUGUGAAUACGCAAACGGGUGCUUUUCUUCAUAGGUUUCAGUGGCUUGAGGAUGAAGAAAUUGGGUCAAUCCCAUUUUUGUGGAAUUUUCUUGAAGGCCAUAACAGGGUUGUGAAGGGUGAUGCCACGACAUUUCCUAAAGCAAUACAUUAUACUCGUGGAGGACCGUGGUUUGAUGCAUGGAAAGAUUGUGAGUUUGCUGACUUGUGGUUGAAGGAGAUGGAAGAGUGCAUAAAUGAGAAGAAGAAGAAGGUUGCUGAAAAUUAGACUUGAAUCAGGCAUCAGCUAGUAGCGUGUUACUCUUAAAUUCAUAGUUUUACUAGUAAGCUUUGCUUAUGUUCUAUUCAUCUAGCUUAGUGUUGAAUUUGUUAUUUGUAUCCUUGUAUGAUGCUUCUCUGGAGGGCUAGCUAUGUAUUUGCUUGUCAUGUCACCACAUGUGCAUUUCUGGCGUAUGAAUGUAUUGAAAAUAUUCAUAAUUUUUUAUUUCUUUAUCA